AUGCAGGUCUUUUCACCACAUUCCACAUCACUUUAUGUAAGCUGGAAUGAGGUGCCCGAUGCUUACAAAAAUGGUAUUAUAAGAGGAUACAAAGUUUACUACAUAGAGGUGAAAAAUGGCUCCAGUGUUACCGAAAACCUCCCUUCCGGACAGCGAUGGCUCCGAAUUGAUGGAUUAAGAAAGUAUACUUUAUACAAUGUCACGGUGUUAGCUUACACAGUAAAAGGAGACGGAGUGGUAACAAGUAAAGAACAUAAGACGGAUCAAGAUGGUAUGUCUGUUUCCUAGGAGACACAUUAACAUUUAUUUUUCUCUAGGACCCCUUCACCUCGGAUCAUUCAUCGGCGACAAGUUAAUGUCAGGCCAUUCAAAUGUGCAGUCUCUGCGUUCGACGUAGAAGAACGCACUUGCAUUAUGCCACAUUAGAAACGAGAGGGAACUGUGCCGAGUUAACGUUCGUAAAGACUUCUGGGACUGUUAAUAGGCCAAUAGCUGACUUCAGCGGCUCGUCCUCGGCAACAAUCCCAUAAGUCUGCGAUAGUUAAGUCGAUCCAUUUUCUUUCUUGUUGUAUGGGAGAAAGGUGAACAGGUCCGAGUCGAGGGACACUGCAAAUUUUAUACUGCGAAAUGCCAUCAUCAAGACAGAGAGAGAACCUGAAAUCGAGAGUGGUCGAACGCACUCUGUAAUCUUUAAUAUUACCUAAUUUUAGAUUUAUUUUCCCUAUGGUGAUUUAAUAUUUUCAGUGUUAACAAACGCAUGAACAAUGUGGAUUCGAGACUCCUUGGUUCUCGCGUUUAAGUUUCUUCAUUAGCAGUUAACCUAGCUGAGAUUUCUCUCCUUCAAUUUGGCUGACGGCCCAAAUUAAAUCUCUUAAAAAAUUAAUUUUACACCGGUGAUAAUUCACCGCCAGCCCAGUGACAGAGUUUCUUUGAAACUAACCCCUUCACCCAAAUUCAUAACCCUUUGGACUCUUGAACAUGGUCUGUCCGCUACAAUUAUAGAAGGACCCUAAUUUUGUAUCUAUUCUAACAAUAACGAAGCUCUUGUCAAGCAGUGAAUGUUUACUUUGCGUUGAUUGCUUUUCUUAAAACUUGUAAAUAUUUGCAGUUCCAGACGUACCCCCGCUCAACGUAGAAGCUGACAGUACUUGGACAACCUAUUCAAUUCCCCUGAGGUGGACCCGCAUUCCUUCGUACCUACUAAACGGAAUACUUACCGGUUAUAGAAUACGAUAUCAAGCUAUAGAAAUAGGCCAAUUGUCCUACGAGGAGAACCCCAGGGAAGUGAUUGUCCCCGCAGAAAGUGUAUCUACCGUACUGACCGGACUAGAGAGCUUUGCUGUGUACCGUAUAGAAUUGACCGGGCUGACAGUAAAGGGAGAUGGUCCAAGUGAAGUCAUUACAGCAGGUAAUCAGUGUUUGGCCGGUAUUAACAAUCGCAGGUUAUCAUUGGUGGACAAGGGGAGGGUGGCGAACGGGGACCCCACGUAGGUGAGGUAACCUGCCUGUUCAUAUAAUCUCUCAUUUUAAUGUGAUCGCAAUUACAUGAUAGGUGGAGGGACCCGGCACAUGUUACCUCACCUACCUGGGCUCCCCCACCUUCAUGUAAACAGGCCCUUAGUGUCCUUAGCUCCCACAAGUCUCCUGUGGCUCAGUGGUAGAGCAUCUGGACUAGUACCCAGAAGGCCGUAGGCUCGACCCCUCUUGGGGAGUACCGUAAUGAUUCGAUUUAGCGCCCUCCUCCCAAUAAGGCGCCCCUAUUCUAAUAAGCGCCAUUCUAAAAAUUCAUUGGAACAAGCAGCAUUUUUUAUGUAAGUGACACUGUCGAAGCUUUCGGUGCGGAAAUAGAUUAAAAUUCCCUCACGUUAGCUGAGCAUUCACCGUAGAUUUGUUACUGUUACAGUUUCUGUUAUUGUUCCUUUUUAAAUAAAUAUUAUAGUUUUGUCUUGAACAUUCGGUUGUUUCUCAAAAAAGAAAUAAGCGCCCUGUCUCGAAUAAGCGUCCUCCGUUGAGGCACCAAAAGUAAAUAAGCGCCCUGGGCGGUAAAUGAAAUCAGUACGGUACUUCUUACUUACUUACCGAACUACCUGCGUCACUGACUGAAAAAUCAUCUCUCUAAUCAUGUUCCCCUUGACAAGCUAUUUUUCUAAUAAUUAUCUUUAUAGAGACAUGUCGAUGUGUGAAGCGCCUUACAGCAAACUGGAUGUUACUCGCCCCUUACGUUACCAAGCCGAAUGGCAACCAAACAGAUAAUAUCCCAGGCGGUCUGGUGUCACCAUUUGUCAAUGACAUGGCAAUAUCUUGCUGUCAGUCUUGCAAGACACACGGGGAGUCUUACAUCGACUACGAGCUCAACGCCAUGGGCGAGGAAUCCCUUAAAAAAUCUGAAGACGUUUUCCGUAGGUGCGUGUGCAUACAUAUAACUUGUGAUCACGCUUAUUUACACGACCUUCCCUUGCUUUAUAAGGUCUUAUAAUUUAGAAUUUAGUUAGUCUUGAGGUAAAAAACAAUAUGAGUGGUUUUUGGCCUCUGCCUGAUAUUUUUUACACCGUUUUUCCCACCAAUCCUUAUAUGACAUAAUAGCAGCAAAACCACAGACCCAUUGGCUGGUUUCUUAUCUCUUUUGUUACCCUCAAUUCUUUUCACAGGAAUAUCCUUCAUUCAAACGACUUCAGCUUUCCUGUUUAUGGUUACAAACUACAAGACAAGUUCAGACACGAGUUUGGUUACUUGGGAAUCGUGGAAUCUCCUGGUAUAGCGUACGUCAUCAACACAAAUUACGGUGCCAAUAUGUCUACGUCUCUCGUGAAUUCUGUAUUUGCAAGCUGGCCUCUUGCUUUGUUCAGCAUCUUCCUUGCCUACAUAGCUGGAUACGUUAUUUGG